AUUUUCCUCUCCAUAUAACUGAUUGGCUAAUUGUGUCGUUCUUUGCAGACCGUAAACUGCAACACCCAUGUUUUACUGUCUUUUGAUUAGUACUUGGCAAUAACACACUGAAUAUGUAGCAACCUUCAAUCUGCCGUCAGCCAAUAGGAAUAGUAGACUGCUGUCCCUUAUAAGGUGUACUGGCGGGAAAAAUAUUAUUAACCGGGUAGUACAGUAUAAGCUAACUUCAUACUUUAACUUGUGUUCCACUGAGUGGUUUCCUACAGUGUGAAAAACAUUUUUAUCAACUUUGGAAUAAUGGCUGCUGCCCCCGUUGUAGAUGAUCGAGAACUGCGAGAGGCACAAAGAGAAUAUCUUGAUUUUUUGGAUGAUGAGCAAGACCAAGGAGUCUACCAGAGUAAAGUGCGGGAUAUGAUCACUGAAUUCCAGUAUCGUCUCACUGUUAAUGUUAAUGAUCUGCGCAGAAAAAACGAGAAAAGAGCUCAGCUCCUUCUGAACAAUGCUUUUGAGGAGCUGCUUGCUUUCCAACGUGCUCUGAAGGACUUUGUUGCCUCCAUUGAUGCCACAUAUGCUAAACAGUAUGAAGAAUUCUACAUUGGCCUGGAGGGUAGCUUUGGCUCUAAACAUGUCACUCCAAGAACUCUAACCUCCCGUUUUCUUGGCAGUCUUGUUUGCGUGGAAGGCAUUGUUACAAAGUGUUCUUUAGUACGUCCAAAAGUUGUUCGCAGUGUUCACUAUUGCCCUGCGACAAAGAAGACUAUAGAACGCCGCUACACAGACAUGACAACACUUGAGGCGUUCCCUUCCAGUGCUGUCUACCCCACAAAGGAUGAAGAGAACAACCCACUCGAGACAGAAUUUGGCCUUUCAACAUACAAGGACCACCAAACCAUAACAAUUCAAGAGAUGCCAGAGAAGGCACCUGCUGGCCAGCUUCCUCGCUCUAUUGACAUAAUUCUAGACAAUGAUUUGGUGGACAAGGUAAAACCGGGUGACAGAGUUCAGGUCAUUGGAACAUAUAGAUGCCUGCCUGCAAAGAAAGGUGGCUACACAUCAGGAACAUUCAGGACUAUUUUGAUUGCCUGCAAUGUGAAACAAAUGAGUAAGGAGGUGACUCCUCUCUUCUCUUCUGACGAUGUGGCAAAAAUUAAGAAAUUCAGCAAAAGUCGCUCCAAGGAUGUUUUUGACCAGCUGGCUAAAUCUCUGGCUCCUAGUAUUCACGGGCAUGACUACAUUAAAAAAGCAAUUCUUUGUUUGCUCCUGGGAGGUACAGAGAGGAUCCUAGAAAAUGGAACCCGAAUUAGGGGGGAUAUUAAUGUACUGCUUAUAGGUGAUCCAUCAGUAGCGAAAUCUCAGUUGCUGCGUUAUGUGCUGUUCACAGCACCUCGUGCAAUCCCUACUACUGGUCGUGGUUCUUCUGGGGUUGGUUUGACAGCUGCUGUAACUACAGACCAGGAAACAGGUGAAAGAAGAUUGGAGGCAGGCGCUAUGGUGUUGGCUGACCGGGGUGUAGUCUGCAUUGAUGAGUUUGAUAAGAUGUCUGACAUGGACCGUACAGCUAUCCAUGAGGUUAUGGAGCAGGGCCGUGUAACUAUUUCCAAAGCGGGAAUACAUGCCAGGCUGAAUGCCCGUUGUAGUGUACUGGCUGCUGCUAAUCCUGUCUAUGGAAGAUAUGAUCAGUACAAGACUCCUAUGGAGAACAUUGGCCUUCAGGACUCCUUGCUGUCUCGAUUCGACCUGCUGUUCAUAAUGUUGGAUCAGAUGGACCCUGAACAGGACCGGGAGAUCUCUGAACAUGUGUUAAGAAUGCAUCGUUACAGAGCAGCUGGAGAGCAAGAUGGAGAUGCCCUGCCUUUGGGUAGUGCAGUAGAAAUUCUUGCCACAGAUGAUCCCAAUAUCACUCAGGAGGAGGAGCAAGAAAUGCAAGUUUAUGAAAAACAUGAUAGUCUUCUUCAUGGUGCUAAAAGACGCAAGGAGAAAAUUGUCAGCAUGGAGUUUAUGAGAAAAUAUAUCCAUGUCGCAAAGAUUAUCAAGCCCACCUUAACCCAAGAAGCUGCCAGUUACAUUGCAGAGGAAUACUCAAGGUUACGUAACCAGGAUCAGAUGAGCAGUGAUAUUGCAAGAACAUCACCUGUCACAGCUCGUACUCUGGAAACCUUGAUUCGUCUCUCAGCAGCCCAUGCCAAGGCAAGGAUGAAUAAGACAAUUGACCUACAAGAUGCUGAAGCAGCAGUAGAACUGGUUCAGUUUGCUUAUUUCAAAAAAGUUCUGGAAAAGGAAAAGAAACGCCGAAGACAUGAGGAAGAUUCAGAAACCGAGGGAGAAGAGACAGCAUCAUCUCAGUUAGAUGGAACUCAGCAGGACGGCGAGCAGACAAGAAAGAAGAGAAGGACACGCACCACUGACGGAGAAGGGAAGAGGAGAAGACCAUCAAAAGAGGGAGAGUCUUAUGAUCCUUAUGACUUCAGUGACGCAGAAGAAGAAAUGCCAGAGGUGCAAACACCGAAGACCCCAGAGAGUCAGGAUGAACCCAUGGAGACCACAGGCUCAAAGAAAUCUGGCCUAGCAGAUGAAAGGAUGAAGAAAUUUAAGUCUGCAUUGCUUGAAGCAUUCAAGGUUGCACAUGCCCAGUCUAUUGGACUGAAAGGCUUGAUGGAGUCUAUCAACAAAGAUAACGCCAGCCCAUUCUCAUCUUCUGAAGUAAAAGCAGCACUUGAUCAAAUGCAGGAUGACAACCAGGUCAUGGUUUCUGAUGACAUUGUGUUUUUGAUCUAAGACUCACUCCAUUCUGAUUCAAGCCCGGACCAGAUUUUUCUCCACUUACAAAUCCAGUUAUCCUAAAAAGCUUUAGACUUUUGAAAGGCUUUCUGCAGGCUUAUUGUGUUUGAGAAUCUGCCUCUUGACAAUUUUUGGUUGUGCCUAAAGCCUGAACAGGUGAUGGCACUGUAGCCAGGAUAGAAUCAAGGGAUUCUAGAUGUUUUUAAUGCUGUGCAUUCUGUGGACUUUGUGUAAACUCCCGCUUUGUAGGUAACCAAGACAUUUGGAUACUGUUUCUUCAAAUAAUGUCAGGUGUUCACUUUUAUAUUUAAGCUUCUACUGUACAGAUAAACUGACUUGUUUUAUAUUAAUUUGAAGGAAACAUGGGAAAUAUUACAGAAUGUUGUGAAGUCUUGAAUAGAUUUAAUUGAUGGUAGAUCUGAAUUUUCAUAACAUUGAUGUCACUGUUUUAUAAAUGUAAAUAUCUAAAAUUAAAUAUAAAGUACCAUUACACCUUG